GACCCGCCGCGCCUGCGCGUGGGCCCCUCCCCGCCGGCGGCGUCCGUUGCCAUGGGAACGGAGCGCGUCGACCGUCGUGACAGGAGCGGGGCGCGGCCAUGGCUCACGAAGGCUCGAGGCUUUCCCGGGACCGGGUGGGGCAGAGCCGCUCCCGGGCGGAGAAGGGGCGGCCUGCGGUGACAUCCCUGCCCCACGUGGACGUGGUCCCCGGCCGGCUGAGCGAAGCCGACUGGGUGGGGCUGGUGCAGAAGGAGGAGGGAGAGGAUGCCGUGGGCGACCUGUUGGCUCAACUGGUCCAGCGGGUCACCGAGGACGCCUUCCAGGUCUACCUGAGCCGGCAGUGCGUCCCCUUCACGGUGAGCCAGGCGCAGGAGGCCCUGCUCCAGAUGGUCGAGUGGCGCUUCCUGGCCCGGGACGAGGGGGAGACGGCGGUGGACGGCGGGGGGACGGCCGCCCUCGGCCCCGGCUGGGAAGAGGACGAAGAGCCGCGCACCUGUGCCACCGACGCCUGGGCCCAGGGCGCCGUGCCCGUCCUGGCUAGCCCCGGCACGCUCCCGCCGCGGGACCAGGAGUCCAGGAACGCCGACGGCACGACCCCGGAGACCCCGGACUCGCCCCCGGCUUCCCGGGGACCUCCCGAGACCCCCGGGAGCUCUCCCGCCUCGUCCGGGUCCGACUCCUCCCCCGGGCCCCGGACCCCGGGGGACCGCCCCUGGAUUUUGGGGGCCCCGCGCCGGCUGGACCCCGCCCGGCUGCCCCGCCACCUGCACCGCCCGCCGGCCGAGGUCCUGGACCCCGACCUCGGGCGGCGGGGACCGGACAGGGGCCCGGCGCGGCCCGGCUCCCCCAAGGCGGCCCCCUCCCGGCCCGGGGUCCCGAGGCCCGGCCCCGACGGCUCCGGCUCCAAGUGGCCGCGGGAGGUGGAGGAGCUGGCGGGGCCGCGGAGCCCCAGCGUGCUGCUGCACUCCGUGGAGCUGGCCGACGGCGUGGCCGUCCGGGACCCCAACACGGGCGCCAGCCCCUCGGCCCCUCGUGACGACGGGAUCCUCCCCCGCCGCCCCCUCCCGUCGCGUCAAUAA